AUGGCUGGCCGGCUGUCGAUUGCGAUAGUACUGCUGGCCGUGUUACUCGGCUAUGUGUACAAUGCCUACGUGCAACGGUUCAUCCGGGUCGCUGGCGUAUUUCGAGAGCCUGGGAGCACUGAAUUGGCUCCUGGAGAGUUUGUGGUGGUCAAUGGCACGAUAAACUGCGAGGAUUUGCAUCUCCAUGAACCAAGCGGCCUCCUCUUCACUGCCUGCGAAGAUGAUGUCGCCAGUCGCCGCAAAUGGUUUCCCCCAAUUGAACACUUCUUCAACCCAUCGACGGAGAGGAUGAAAGGAAAGCUUGAAGUUAUUGAUCCCAAGACGUUCGAAGCAAAGGUCCUAGAACUGGAAGGUUUCAGCGGCCCCUUUGUGACGCAUGGCAUCGACGUUAUUGAUGAUCCCGAAAAGCCACAAGGCGAGGCAGUUUACAUCUUUGCCGUCAACCACAAGCCCAACCCGGAGCACUAUGGUGAGAACGGCGACGCAAACGCCCCCAAGUCGCACUCAGUUGUAGAACUCUUUCACCAUGUCAUUGGCUCCAAGACGGCACGACACAUCCGCACAAUAUGGCAUCCCCUCAUGGUGACGCCGAACGACAUCGUUGCCGAGUCGCCAACGUCCUUUUUCGUAACGAAUGACCACUUUUACACGGAGGGCUUGCUAAGGGCCAUCGAGGACGUGGUGCCUGCGGCCAAAUGGACAAAUGUCGUCCACAUCAGGCUGGAAAACCUGGGGUUGGCUCCGGAUGGAGGUGGUGGUGACAGCGCAGGCGUCCAUGCGUCGAUUGCACUGGAGAAGCUGCAUAACCUCAACGGGCUGGGCCACGGCAGAGGCGGCCAGGACGAGAUAUUGGUGACGGGGUGCGUCGACGGGCUGUUGCACGUGGGCGAAAUCCGGGGGAAGAAGGAGAGUGACGAGAAGGUCAUCCGGGUGAAGGAGGUUGUCGAGUUUGAUUCGCCCAUUGACAAUCCGAGCUACUUUCGGGAUCCGUAUGCGAACGGUACGUUUGACGCAAGCGGAUUUGUUUCCACUGGACCGACGAGAGGGAUCGAUUUCUUUGAGAACAAGGGCAAAGAGUCCGUUCUAGACCCCGUCAUGGUGUGGAAGGCCACUCCCAGGUCCGGCAAAAAAGAAAGGGACGGCAGAGGUGAACAAGAUGGUACUGUAGCCGGCAGUGGGAAGAAUUGGGAUGUCAGUCUCCUGUUUCAGGACGACGGGCGGAGACUCCGAACUUCGAGUGCUUCCGUUUUGGUGGCCAUUGACCCAAAAGAAGAGGGAGGCAGACGCCGGGCGUGGCUGUUUGUGACGGGUUAUCAGGCUUCGAACGUCAUUGCCGUCAAGGUUGAUCUGUGA